CCAAUCAGAGCGCGAUGCGUAAAAGUGGGCGUCAUCGAGCGCGCUGUGUAUAAAGAGCUAACAACUGUAACGUCGCUGUCAGAGCACUGUAGCUUUCCAGGACAGCAUUACAGGAAGACCACAAGCAAGAGGAAAGAAACUUAAUACUCAAAACAUCGAGCUGAGACUUGUUGUUGUUGUAUUUGUUAUUGUUUUCAACAUGAAAGCCAUCAGUCCCGUCCGCUCGGUGAGGAGCUGCUGCUACAAGGCCGUGUGCUGCAUCUCGGAGCAGAGUCUCGCCAUCAGCCGGAAUAAUAAACACCACUCGUGUCUGCUGGAGGAGCCGGUGGGCGCCCUGUGCGACAUGAACGACUGCUACUCCAAGCUGAAGGAGCUGGUGCCGAGCAUCCCGCAGAACAAGUCGGUCAGCCAGGUGGAGAUCCUGCAGCACGUCAUCGACUACAUCUUCGACCUGCAGAUCGCGCUGGAGGCGGAGGAGCCAGAGAUGGUUUUGUCAAUAAAGACUGCGGACCUUGCGCGCAAUUUCUCCAAAGAAGAAGGACGGUUGUGCCAUUAAGAUGAGGAUGACACAUCAUGGUGCAGGGAAACACAUGUCUCCACUUCACUCCGGGCAAGAGGACAAGAGGGGCAGAAAAGGGUGGGAUAGGUAUUUGGGAGAGAAGGAGAAGAAGAAGGAGGAGGAGGGAGGUGGAGGGCUUAAAAGAAGAAAAGACAGAAAAAAAGUGGACUGUUUCCUAGAUGAGUGGGGAUCAACAGUGGUGCAUGAGCAAGAAAACAGAGACUCAUUCUUUGGCCCCUGGACAGACAAAUCAACACACCAAAGCAGAAGCCUGGAUUGGAAACUGAAAGCGACCGGCUUUGUAUGCCCUCCUCCAAAAAAAAAAACCUGGGAUCCCCUAUAGGUAGAAGUAGAAAACAUUGGUACAUUAUUUUUCUUUUUUUUGUGUUGCAUUCCAAACUUUAUGUGGGUUAAACUCCACAACCCAACCUGAACCCUUUCUACACCAAGUCUCACAUCAUCUCACAUGAUUAUUUCCCCUCUCUAAUCUGAUUUUUUAAUGAUCUGGAGACUGUUACAACUUCAUACGAAUGUGUACAUAUCUGCUGUGGGUAUGUCCGGUGUGAGUCAAUUUGGAUGUUGGUAUUUUUUCUGAAUGGGCGUUUGGGUUUUCUUAGGUAUAAUCAGAACUCUAUACUAGAGUUAAUUGUAAAUGUUUGUAGGGAUUGUGUUAUUUCUACAGACAAUGUGCUGUGAGUUUCAUAAACUCGUUAUUAUAAAAGUUUGCUUUGUAUGUAUGUAUGUUCUUAUGUAAUGAAAUAAUAAAACAAAAGUGAAACAUG